GAUGUUUAUGAGUGGAGAAGUGCAUUGGCUAGACUUAAAAAAUAUCCAAACAAAGAUAUUAUGGAGGUGUUACGAAUAAGUUUUGAUGGAUUGAAGGAAAUGGAAAAGGAAAUAUUUUUAGAUAUUGCUUGUUUCUUUUGUGAUACAUUCCAUCAACAAGGUAAGGGAAGAGUAAAAAAACUUCUAAACUAUCGUGGAUUUUUUCCCAAUAUUGGCAUGAAAGUUCUCAUUGAGAAAUCACUAAUAACUUGUAAUAAUUGGGAUGUUAAAAUGCACGACUUGUUGAAAGAGUUGGGCAGAAGUAUUGUUCGAGAAAAAUCACCUAAUGAACCAAUAAAGUGGAGUAGGCUAUGGGACUUCAAGGAUCUCCAAAAUAUCAUGAUAAAAAAUGAGGAAGCCGAAAAUCUUGAAGCCAUGGUUAUUUAUUAUGGACAGCAUUUGGACGACAAAACAAUGGCAGGGAAUGUUAUAUCAAAAAUGAAGCAUCUCAAGUUGCUCAUACUUCAGAAUGUGAAUUUUUUGGGAAGUCUCAACUAUCUUUCUAACGAAUUAAGAUAUCUAUCUUGGCAUAGAUAUCCUUUCAUUUGUUUGCCAUCAAAUUUUCAUCCGGAUAAUCUAGUAGAGUUGAUCUUGUGUCAUAGCAAUCUCAAACAAUUAUGGAAAGGCACAAAGCAUUUGCCUAAUUUGAUAUGUCUAGAUCUUAGCUACUCCAAAAGUCUUAUUGAGGUGCCAGACUUAACGGGAGUUCCUCGUCUUAGGGAUCUUAUUCUUGAAGGAUGUAUAAAUAUUACGCGGAUCCACCCAUCCAUUGGUAUUCUGAGAGAACUUUUUUAUCUAAAUUUGACAAAUUGUAAAAAUCUUUUCCACAAUUUGAAUAUGUUUUUCGGACUCAAAUCUCUUAAGAUGCUAAUUCUCUCAGGCUGCUCAAAAUUACUCAAUAAUCGUCUUCUAAAGAAACCAAGGGAGGUAGAACAUUUGGAGAACGUUGAUAAAAAUACAAGUGUUAUCCAAUUAUCAACAUCCUCUCUAUAUGAAAUUCUAAUGUUGCCUUUGUAUUUCCUUUCCUCUCACAAACAUGGAGAUUCACUUGAUUUAUUGUUGCCAUAUUUGUCUCGUUUCCCAUGUUUGCAACAUCUUGAUCUAAGCUUCUGCAAUCUACUUCAAAUUCCCGAUGCUAUUGGGAGCUUACAGUCUUUAGAAAGCUUAAAUUUGGGGGGAAACAAAUUCGUGAGACUACCUACUACCAUCAAGGAGCUUUCCAAUCUUCAAUGUUUAAAUUUGCAGCACUGCAAACAGCUGAAAUAUUUGCCUGAGCUUCCAACAACCAAACAAUACGACUUUGGGCAGUUAUAUAUUUUUAAUUGCCCCAAUUUGAGUGAAAUGGGACAUUGUUAUCAUAUGGUUUUUUCUUGGAUGAUACAAAUAUUUAAGGCUUUCUUGCAAUCCUCCCUUUCCUUGCAAAGGCUCCGGAUUGUUAUUCCUGGAACUGAAAUUCCAAGGUGGUUUAGUAAACAAAAUGUGGGUAGGUCAAUAAGCAUGGAGUUGUCUCCUGUUAUGGAAGACCCAAAUUGGAUGGGUGUCGCCUGUUGUUCUUUGUUAGUGGCACAUGAUGAUCCUACUAAUUUGAAUGAUAAUUUUCAUAGUAUUGAUUACAAAUUUGAAAAUAUAAAUUGGAUGCUUCCAAUAUUUUUAAACAAUGAUCUGGUCAUGGGUGAAAUGGAUCACUUGUUCAUGAUUUUUGUCUCUCGGGAAAUAAUCAGUUGUGAUCGAUGUCGACAUGAAGACAAAAUGAAUUAUAUUGAUAAAAUGGUAUUCAAAACUACCAUAUUUGGCCACCCUAAAGGUUUGCAUUUGGUGGUGAAAAAUUGCGGAUAUCGUUUGGUAUUUAAGGAAGAUCUUCAACAAUUAAACUUAAACAUGAUGUUCAGUAGAAAUUCCUCAUCUAGGAAGCUUUUAUCAAGUAAUUUGCCACACAUCAUUCAUUGAACUUAUUCACAGAAAACGUAAAAAUUUCUUUUCAACCACAAUUACAUCAAAGAAAUUCUUACCCAUUACAGGGCCUGAACUACCAGUGCCACGAAUCUCCACUUUGGAGAAAAAUGAGCUGAAUGAUUGAAGGCUGGUUCAAACUUAUUUCACCUAUUGGAUUGUAGUCAGUUAUAGUUGCUCUUCGGGAUGGAUUCAAAGGUAAUGGUUCAAAAAUGAGAAGUUGUACUGCUUCAAAAAAAGACUCCACUCUGAGGCAUCACUCUCGCGUACACACAAGGCUAGCACUGUCAAACAAUUAAAGUUCAUCAAGGACAAAUAUUUUCAUUUGAAACCAUGCAUUUUGUAUUUUGGUAUCUAUCCGGAGGACUACUCCAUUCAUCAUAACAAGUUAACUCGACAAUGGAUAGCAGAAGGGUUUGUCAAAUCUGAUGGGAGAAGAACUUUGGAACAAGUUGCAGAUGAGUACUUAACUGAGUUAAUUUAUAGAAGUCUAGCUCAAGUCUCGACAGUUGGCUUUGCAGGGAACGUUAAAUGUUGUCAAGUCCAUGAUAUAUUACAUGACAUGAUCGUAAGUAAAGCAAAGGACUUAAGUUUUUGCCAUUUUGUAG